AUGAGAAGGCAUAAUUUACUUAUGUGCCUAGCAGCAUUGACCAUAUCUUUGCAUUUGCCCUGCAGAAAAGGCGUGGCAGCAUGCUUAUCUUGCAAUGUUGCAACCAUAAAAUAUGUUCCAAAUGCAAGGUUAACAAGAAUACAACAGAGGGAGAAAAGCGGGUAUCCCGUGAAACGAGAAAUCACUGCAUGUGCAGGGAAGAGAAAGUUCCCCGUCCUGUUCCUGUUGUCGAAGCCUUUUCACGGUUUUCCAAACAGAUCGAGGUUGUUUUUUCGUCAUCCCCAAACGGAGGGAGAAGGGAACGUCCUUUCGGCAGACUCGGGGAAGGUGCUAGGGAAAUCCAGUUGGGGAGAGGUCGGCAGCACGAUUGCUACUGGCCGCGUUCGUAGAACCCCCCGUGGAAGUACCUCCAUUGGUAGCACCACCAUUGGUAGCACCCCCAUUGGUAGCAUCCCCCUUGAGCACGCAUCCCGCAGCAGAAAGCACCUCCUGCUACUCAAAAUGUGCGCCUCUGGGGGCAGUGCGCCCGCGCGCGAUUCCGCGGUAAAAUACGAAAAUAAACAAAAGCAAGAGACCGAUGCACACUCGGAUAUCUCGACGAAUGUAAAUAAAUCGCCAGGCAUGUCGAUCCACGCAACAAAGAACGGUGAUGUGUGCGAAGAAAACAGCCACGGUAGCCAAAGCAGAGAACCUUUCACCGUGGAGCAACUGGAAGAGAUAAGAAAAAAUUGCAGCUACCUCAAAAUAAACGAAACGGAAAGUGACGAAUAUAGCAUAGAGCUGUACUUCCAUUUUAGGGAAUUCAAAUUGUUAAGGAAAAAAGACGAGACGGUAAAGUCGUUGAUAAAUAGGCUAAUUUUAAAUAUGAAAAAGGCGAACAGAAAAAGAAAGAAGCCGCCAAGUAAGAACUACAACCAAAGUGUGGAACAACCCACGGGGGAUGACUCCACGAUAGAGAAGGAGGAGGACACACCAAAUGACAUCCACUUUUUUGACAAGGAAAAUAAUGUGGUGGAGGAGAACUCGCUGCUGAUUAAUGUGGUGGACAAAUUAAGUUACAUCCUCAUUAAUGAGCACAAAAUAGAAGUAUUCAAAGGGUUGUACGACCUGAAGCAAAUUUAUAUAUCCAUGGAUGUGUAUAGCGGACACCCCAUAAUCCCCGUGGAUGCACCCAUGGAAGACCUUCAUUCGUAUGUACACUACUGGACGUAUGCGCAUGAUAAGAAGGUGAUCCUAUCGCGCGAUUUGUUUUACAAGCCUAGGAAGGAAGACACAAACAAAAAAAUUCAGCUCGUUAUAUAUAAUAAGGAGAAGCCCUUCUUCUUUUACGUUACGAAUGAAAUAGAAGUGCUGUCGAACGAAUUUGAGGAGGAACUAAAAAGGAAAGGAGAAAGGUACCUCCACUUUGAAAAGGUGCUAAAGACAGAUGAACACUCCAGCGAUAACAUACUACGCAUUUUGUCGUACAACAUUCUUGCACCUAUAUAUACUAAUACGAAGUACGCCGUGGAAUAUAUGUUUAAAAAUAUAGACCCUUGUUAUCUGAAAACGAAUUACAGAUCGCAUUUGCUAAUUCAUGAUAUCAGUUACGAUUAUGAUAUUAUUUGCCUGCAAGAGGUGAGUGAACAUUUGCAUUCCAACCUCUUCUCUGUAUACCUACAUGACGAGUUUUAUUCCUCGUACAAGCCAAAGAACAGCCAUGGAAAUGACGGCUGUUCCUUAUUUGUUAAUAAAAAAAAAUUCGCCCUCAUUGAGUAUAAAAAUUAUGAAUUUAACCAAGUGGUGAAACUUCCAGAGUUGAAGGGUGUAUAUGAUGCCUUUAUCAAUUUGGGAAAUGACCUUGAAGAAAUCAUCAGGGAAAUUAAAACCGUUUUUCAGGUUGGCAUUUACACACACAGGAGCAGCCAAAAUAUAUUUCUCGUGGCAAACACACAUUUUUAUUUCCACAGUUUGGCUAGCCAUAUCAGAGCAUUACAGUCGUAUAGUUUACUGCACAUUUUGGAAACGCUCAAAAAAGAGUAUGAACAGAAAUUCGGAAAAACGGUGUAUGUAGUGCUAAAUGGAGAUUUCAAUACAAAUUUCGAGUCAGAGGUUUUUUCCUUCCUCGAAGGAAAGGACAUAAAUUCAGAUUCGGACCUUUGGAUAAACUGCAAAUUGUUUAAAAAGGAAUAUGACGAUUUGAAUAAAUACCCAACAUUAUUUGACUUUUCAAAAAAUGAGCAUAAUAAUGAAAAAAUUAUUGGCCCCCAUUUGGACAGGAAAAAAUUCCUGCCAUUAUAUUCCGCAUAUAAAAAGGGGGAUAUUGCUUACACCAACUGGAACAAUAAUUUUAUUGACGUUUUGGAUUACAUCUUUUUGUCACCGGGGCUUAAGGUCAGACGGGUACUGAAGGGUAUUGACAAGGAAAACUUCGAGAAAUAUAAGGGGACCUUGUCUCCCAUAAACCCCAGUGAUCACAUUAGCAUAGCUGCCGAGGUGGAAAUGUGA